GUGUUCAUCAGCGGCAGGAGAACUGCACUCCCCAAUCGUAUUGGACUGUCGCCUUCCCGCCGGCCCCCACCCAAAAGUAAGUAAGUGGCCGCGACAGCAGCAUCUACCCCUCUCUCUCUCUGUCUAUCUCCUCUACAGUCAUCGAAGAUCUUAUGAUUUUAUACCAAAUCUACGCCACCGGCCCUCUCGGUCUCCUCCACCACCACCACCGUCGCCUGCCGCCGUCUUCUCCAAUAUCCCUUUUACUUUAAAACCCCCCCCAACGCCCACCCUUCUCAAUUAUAAUAUUCCCCUUGAAGAAAGAAACUGAAAACCCUUCCCCUCCCGCCGCCGUCCACCCAACCCUCCAUAGAAAAAAAAUCUCAAGCUCUUUGUCUUUGUCUUUCUCCAACUCCUUCUCUUAUCCCCAUCUUCCCAUUUCUUUAUUGCUCGAAAACCCAUUAUCAAUUAUUAAUUAAUCCAACCGAAUUUCAAUUUCCCCACCUGCUCAAAAUAACGAGCAGCUCGUUGGUUUUAGCUUUCCGCUCUCUUCCCCACCGGCGAUGCCUACGCCGGUGAGUACAGCCAGGCAAUGCUUGACUCCCGAAGCCGCCCACGCGCUCGACGAGGCGGUACGGGUAGCCAAGAAGAGGCGCCACAGCCAGACGACGUCGCUUCAUGCCGUCUCCGCACUUCUGUCCCAUCCUUCCUCCGUCCUCCGCGACGCCUGCUCACGCGCCAGGAACAACGCGUACUCCCCACGCCUCCAAUUCAAGGCGCUCGACCUCUGCCUGGGGGUUUCCCUCGACCGUGUUCCCUCAUCUGCCGCCGCAGCGGCCGGCGGCGAUGAUGGAGACGAGGCUUCCCCGCCGGUGUCGAAUUCGCUCAUGGCGGCGAUCAAGCGGUCUCAGGCGAACCAGAGGCGGCAGCCGGAGAAUUUCCAUUUGUAUCACCACCACCAGCAGGUUUCCUCUCAGCAGAUGAAUAAUCAGUCGACUUCAACUUCUUCUUCGAUUUCGUGCAUCAAGGUGGAUCUCAGGAACUUGAUUAUGUCCAUAUUGGACGACCCGGUGGUGAGUCGGGUCUUCUCCGAUGCCGGGUUCCGGAGCCCCGACAUCAAGCUGGCCGUGUUCAGGCCCCUUACCGUCCUCCCUCCUUUCCACUUCAGACCCCCGCCGCCCGCCGCCGCGUAUUCGGAUCCCGGGCCGGGUCGGAGGGGAUUCAGCUUCCCGUUCCCUGGGUUUUCCGGGUUCUUCAGCGGCGGCGGGAGCGAGAACUUCCGGAGGAUCGGGGAGGUUCUCGGGAAAAGCAAGGGGAGGAAUCCUCUGCUUCUCGGCGUAUGCGCUUGCGAUACACUCGCCAGCUUCAUCGAGUUACUGGAGAAGAAGAUUAGAGAUAAGAACGACAAUAGCAGCAGCGGCGUCUUACCCCCUGAAUUGUCCGGGUUGGCCGUGAUUCGGUUGGAGACCGAGAUCUCCCAAUUUCUCAAUCGAAAUUCCGAUAAGGAAGCCGUCGAUUCGAGGUUCGAGGAAGUGGGUCGGUCGCUGGACCGAAAUUCCGGACCCGGGUUGGUUCUCAAUUUUGGAGAUUUGAAGCCGUUUGUGAAGGUCGACGAAGAAGAAGAAGGAGGAGCUGAUGGAAGAGUGAGUUAUAUCGUUGAGAAAUUGACGAGCAGCUUGUCGCGGGAUAAUAGUAAGCUGUGGUUGAUUGGGGCGGCGGCGAGCUACGAGACAUAUUCCAAGUUCGUGGCGAGGUUCCCUUCGGUUGUAAAAGAGUGGGAUUUGCAGCUUUUGCCUAUAACUACAUCUUCUUCCAUGGCUGCUGAAUCCUCCUAUCCUAAGUCCAGUUUGAUGGAGUCAUUCAUUCCAUUUGGUGGCUUCUUUCCAACACCAGCGGAUUUCAAGGUUCCCUUAGGCAGCAGUCCUUACCACUAUAUGGCGACGCUCUCUCAUCCUUGCGAUGGGCAAGAGAUUGUUGCUGUUUCGAAAGAAGCAUCAUCAGUUCCCUCGGUGCCAGAUCAGUAUCAAUCUGGCCAACGUUCAUGGUUGCAGACUGCUGAAAUUGGCACAGCAAAGGAGGGAAUGUUUAUGAAGACCAGAGAUGAUGGAGAGGUAUUGAGAUGCAGAGCAGUCAGUCUGCAGGAAAAACAUGAUAGUAUGUGCCACAGCCUUCAUCAGCAUCAGUCACCACCGGGUUCUGAUAUUCAUCCAACUCGGUUUUCCACUGUUCUGGGUUUCCAAUUGGCUGAAGACACACAAAGGGAAGUUUCUGAAAAUGAUUACAGCUGCUGUACAACGGCAUAUUCACGGCCAAUGGCAGAUACAUACUCGAAACCUUACUCAUCAUCUGCUGCUAUUGAUUCACAUCAGAUAGUGAGAAGUGAAUCCGCUAGUUGCCGUCUCCCUCUCAGUCCUGCUGAUGCUAGCAAUAACUGGAGGAUCACACCGAAACAAUGUGAAAAGCCUUUGAAUGAAGAUUCAGGCGGCGCUCUCAGAUCUCCUCAUAGUUUAUUGUCUAAUUCAAGCAUGUGUUAUGGAAGUCAGGCAUCUCCUGCUUCUUUGACUACAGAUCUUGGACUUCGUUUGAGCUCCCCUCCUGCUGCCACUGGUGAGCCCAUUAAUCUCAAGGAUCUUUGUCGGGAUCUCUCAGAAAGAGUCGGCUGGCAAAAUGAUGAUGCAAUAUUCACCAUCUGCCAAACCAUAUCCGAGUUCAGGGCUAGAGAUGGGAAACCAGAGGGAGGUAGACUGAGGGGCAAGAACAUAUGGUUCAGUUUUCUUGGACCUGACUGGCAUCGUAAGAGGAAAGUUGCAACUGCAGUUGCCGAGAUGAUUUAUGGGAGCAAAGAAAACUUAGUGUAUGCAAACUUGAACCCUCAAGAUGGUAAAAAUGGUUCGAUGCUGAGGGGGAAAACCGUGGUGGAUUAUGUUGCUGGGGAGCUCUGUAAGAGGCCCGUAUCCGUUGUGUUACUUGAGAACGUCGACAAAGCUGAUGUUCAGGUUCAGAGCAGCUUGUCUCGUGCCAUUCAAAGAGGGAGGUUCUCCGAUUCACAUGGGAGAGAAGUUCCCAUCAAUAAUGCAAUCAUCAUUACAACUUCAAACGUCAAGGAUGACAGCACUAGGAGAGAUUUGAGUACAUAUCGCGAGGACAGGGUUCUGAAAGCUAAGGGCUGGCCGCUGCUGAUAUCGAUUGAGAAGAAACAACUUGGGCGGGAGCUGAGUCUGUCAGUGACUAGCGAUGGCAGUUCUUCAAGCUCAUCGGCAUUCUUGAAUAAAAGGAAACGUGCAGAUGACAAUGCAUCAGCCAGGAAAGGCCUGGACUUGAACCUUCUUCCAGACCAAGAAAACGAUGGCCUGUUAGACAACGAAGGCGAGCACUUGGACAGUGAUGAUUUUGCAUGUGAUGAUCAUUCUUCCAGGGCUUGGUUACAGGGAUUCUUCGGUCAGGUCGAUAGAGUAGUGAUGUUCAAGUCUUUCGACUUCAAUGCACUCGCCACCCGGAUCUCAAAUGAAAUGAACAAGUGCUUCCACAAAUUUGUGACGCCUGAAUGUGAUCUGGAAAUUGAUCAAAGGGUCAUGGAGCAGCUGCUAGCUGCGGAGUACUUAUCAGAUAAGAAGAGGACGGUGGAGGAUUGGAUAGCGCAGGUUCUGGGACGGAAAUUUGAGGAAGUCAGGAGGAAGCAUGGUGAACUGGGUUGUGAUUACAUUGUGAAACUUGCUGCCCUUGAAGAAAGAUCGGAUGUGGAAGAGCUCAAUCCAAGAGGUUGCCUUCCUCCACAAGUUAUUAUCAACUGAUGCCCCCAGCCCCCAGGUCUGUGUAAGAGGCUGUAUUUUUGUUUGUAGCUAUAAUAGAUGUACGUAUAAAUCGUAGGGCUUGUAUAAUCUUGUAAUCUUAAGAUCUAAUAUAGCUGUUUGUCUAAUAGUUUUUGAGUCUUAGCCAGGUAUGUAACGCCCAAUCAGGCAGGUGCUCUUGGAAAAAGGGGGUCUGUUCAUAUUUUCCUUUCCAGGAAACCUAGUAUUUGGUAUAUUUUUCUGGGUUUCUGAACCAGUUCCUUGGAGCUAGCAGAGUACCUGUAUUCUGCGUAUUGCUUCUUGUACUAUGUGUCAAUUCUUGCUCUUCCUUGUAGUUAGUUGUUAGCUCUAGC